AUGGCGGGCAGUACAGCAAUGCCAGUUCGGCCCACCUUACAUUCAAGUUCACGCAGAGGCAGCUCCAAGUCCCAUCAUAAGUCAGUCAAAUUUCAAGAUGAGGUAGUGCUCUCAUCAGAGGCGUCAUCGCCAGUAGAGGAGGACAGAAAACGCAGCGAUAAAAGCGCAGAAGACCUACCGUUCAACCAAGAGAAGAUGGACAAAAUAUGGGAGAAGCUCAAUACAGCAGACCCAUGGCCACGCCAAUUUGGGAAUGUGGUCAAAGACAAGCAAUCCUUCCUCGUCACAAAGCUGAAGAAAAUCAAGGAGAAGAACGCCCUGGAUAAGCAAUCCUUCGAUGCAGAGAUUACACCACUUCUCAAGUCGGCUCUUGGGAGUUUCGCGAGCGGUGUCCCUACGGAUCCCACGUCUUUUGCUGCGCCAAUCCAAGUUCAAUUUUUAGGGGCGGAAGGGCAGAUGUACUGCGACGCAAUGGUUGAUCUCAUGAAGCAAUCAGGGGCCCUCAUAUUUGCUUACGAUGAGCUUGCACGCCGCUCAUCCCAUCAAUCCCGUUUGCAGGAGAUCAGAGCAUCCUUUGAGAAGGACAAGGAGGUCAGCGUGAGCACCAUCGAAGCCGGCAAAAAGGUCACAAGCAUGGACAUCGAGAAACUUCUGGCCGACAGGCUUCACGAAGUCAGGGACCCGCAUGGCGUCACAGCUGAAGAGGAGCAAAAGGGUAGAAUGCUCUUGUCACAUGGAACGGAUCAUCAAGAGGCUGCUUCAAAGGAGACGCUAGGAUGGGGAAAUGUGGCUCGGGAUGCAGAAAUGGCGAUGGAGAGACUCUGUUUUGCCGGACAAAUGGGUGCCCUCAAAUACGUCGAAGAACUUCAAAAGAAGAAGCAGUCCGAUGUCCUUCGAUUCCUUCUCCGAGUCCGCUGCUGGGAGCUCCGACAAUUGAACGUCAUCCACCGCGCCUCUCGUCCUUCUCGACCUGACAAGGCCCGUCGCUUGGGCUACAAGGCCAAGCAAGGCUAUGUCAUCUACCGCAUCCGUGUGCGCCGCGGUGGUCGCAAGCGACCGGUGCCCAAGGGUGCUACCUAUGGCAAACCCACCAACCAGGGUGUGAACCAACUCAAGUACCAGCGUUCUCUUCGCUCCACUGCCGAAGAACGAGUCGGCCGCCGCUGCGCCAACCUCCGCGUCCUCAACUCUUACUGGAUCAACCAGGACUCGACCUACAAGUACUACGAGAUCAUCCUUGUGGACCCCAACCACAAGGCCAUUCGUCGUGAUCCCCGCAUCAACUGGAUUGUGAACUCUGUCCACAAGCACCGCGAAUCCCGAGGUCUCACCGCCACAGGCAAGAAGUCCCGUGGUUUGGGCAAGGGACACGGCUACACCAAGACCACUUCCGGACGGAGAAAGACUUGGAAGAGACACAACACCCUCUCGCUCUGGAGAUACCGCUGA